ACGUUUAUUUAUGUUGUUGUUUUGCAAGCCUUUCUUUUGCAUCGCCUACUGUUCCAAUCCGGCACACAUUACACGAUGUUUGCAAGGUGUACAUCGGCAUUAUUGCGGAGAUAUUGCUCCGCAAGCAAUUCUUCAAAGCUGGCCGAAGCGAUUGCAUCCUCCGUGGAGGGUGCGGACAAGGAAAGCAUCAAUGCGCUGCUGGUCGCCGUGCCGGAACUCUCCAAAUACGCCCCCGAACAGUGGCACCGCACAGCGAAACUGCUCAGCACGGAAGGGCUCGAGCUGGAAAAGACACUCUCCAUCAUCGGCGGCCACCCGGCCAUACUGGUGCGGCCGGUGGAAAAGAUCGCGGAAAGCUUGCACUGCUGGCGGUCGUGCCAGUUCGGGGACGCCAACAUGAAGGUGCUGGUGUCGGCCCAUCCCUAUCUACUCGAUUACACCAACCACGGGCAGCUGGCGCAACGGGUCGCCUUUCUGCACUCCCACUUUGAGACGCGCAAAAACGUGUACCGGCUGUUUCUGGCCGCCCCGAACCUGCUGGUGGACGAGCAGCACGUGACGGAGGCAAAGAUUGCCUACCUGCUGCAGGCGAUGCGCCACGAGGUACUGGAGGUGGUGAAAUCCAGCGCCUUUGCGCACGAUCUGGACCAUUUGCGCUGCCGGCACACGUUCCUGGAGCGGUUGGGACUGUUUAAGCCGCGGUCGCUCAAGGCGGAGAAAGGCACACCGACGGGCAAUCCUCCGCUGCACCAGAUUACGGACACGAGCGACAAGCGGUUCGCGGUGAAGGUGGCGUACGUUACGCUGGAAGAGUACGAAGUGUUUCAGGAGCUUUACCGGCGCGAGAUGGAGCAGGACGAGCAGGACGAAACAGACGACGAGUUGGAGCGGGAGGAGGUGGAAAGUGAACCAAAGCGAAGUGCUUACCACAAGAAGGGCAGGUAGGACGGGAAGAUGACUUUCGUUUUUUUUUUUGUUGUAAAUGUUGUUCAAUAGCGUUGCACCAGUUACGCAGCAAUAAAUGCACGUGGACGUUGCGUCAGUAGU